UAAUCCCAACGAGCUGUUCAACCUCACUCACGAUGAGUUCACACUUCCCUCAGACCACACCUUCUCACUAAUUCCAGUCUCUGAGAAAUUUAACGGCUCUUAUCAUGAUUUUCCUGUCGAGACUGUCUGGAAAAUUGUUGGAUUUGCACACUACUAUUGUGCAAAAUACUUUAAGGAGAGACCUGCCGACCACAGCGCUAUGCUUAUCAAGUUUGAAUCACUUUUCAAUUCGGAAAUUGUCUUUAGAUGGUUUAAUCCUGGAGCAAGAACAAAUGAAACCUGGCAAAAUUUGUAUAGCGCAUUUGAUUUAAAAAAAUUUGCGGAUACUGUCGACAUUUGUGUAGCGUCGGCAAAGCAUGUGUCUGACUAUCCGGAGUGGAUAAUGAGACCUUCACUCGACCGUCUCAGGCGAAAAAAGCGACUUGUGAGGAGCCAUCCGGCAGAAGCCGGGUUAUCUUAUUGCUUGGAAGACCCAGUGGACCCUGUUCAUGGAUUGGGGACGGAAGUUUCGGACCAGUGCUAAGAGUGGAACAAGGUUAAUUAGUGAAUCUACUUAGCAGAAAUAAAUACAAGUAGAUUUAAUGCCAGCCAUGUUCAAGAUGUUGAUUUAUUAGAUCAAUAUAUUUUACUUAAUUUGUAGAUUGUACAACAAACUAUAUGUAAAAUUAAAAAUAAAGUGCGAGCACGACGCGUGUUUCUUUAUCGCAGAAUGUACUGCAGAAUCUCGGGCUGUCUCAGUCUCAGGAUCAGUAUGGCCUUGCUUUUCUUCGCCUGCUAUUCAGAUAAGAGGAAGAGCAUUCUUUUGGCUGCCACAUGCAGAAUAGAAUAGGAAAUAGGGUACUAAAAAUACGGUGCAGCUGGCACACGUUGUCAAGCCAAGCUUAUCCUCAUGGCUUCCUUCGCUUGGCGAUUCCACAAAGUGCAAAAGAAAAGAAGUCACUUGCUUGUCGGUUUUUCGCCAAGUUACACGCGUCCGCUGCGUAUCAUAGCUUUUAGACAAUUUCAACAAUUUAUCAAUUUCCGCAAAAAUGUCAAGCACAAUUCAACCAAUUAUCCUGAAGAGGGGUCAAAUUCGUCUUACUGGCGGCCCGAUUGAUCAUAAAAAAGCCAGAAGGGACUCAUCUUCCCAUUUAACAGGAGUUACUUCAACCAAAGCCUCUGAAAAGGACAAAAAUGAACACAUGGAAGACACUGAACUUUCUGGAAUGGAUGAUGGUUAUGUGUCAUCCCAGUCAGAAACUAAUGUGGUUCGACUGAACUGCGCCCCACUUCCUGGCUCAAACUUUGAUCUAGAGUACUCCAUUGAUGACAAUACGACUGUGGCAUCAGAGUCGGCAUAUAAGUAUUUUGAAAUUCGCUAUCAAGACAGCUAUCUGCACGGAAUUAACGGGACAUGGCCUCACCUAGUUCUUACAGGGAUCAAACCGGACAAAGAAAUCCCCCAGUCACAAAUUACUGUCCGUUUUCCCCAUGGUCGACUGUCGUCAUCAGACCAGCUCCCUUCAUUAACGCAGCACCGAGACGGGUAUCUCCCUGCUCCUGCACAACAAGCAUCCCUGAGCAGUAUUUUCCCCCCGCAACACGCUCGAGAGGAACAGGCGCCCCUCUACUCGUACCAUGAUAUCCUCCAUGCGAUGACCAAUUGUUAGGGGAUUUAAACAUGUUGGACUUGGAAAUCCAAAAACAUAAAUUUCAAAGGAUCUUGGAUUCAAAGCGAAGAAGGGAAUAAUGACACCUUCUAUGAUCUCGGUCACAAUGAGUAUGCAUAGCGAUAUGGGCACAAUCUUGUUAAGCUUAUCAAUUGUCAAUUUUAACAUUUUUACAGAUGCAUGUGUAGUCUGUUAUAUUCAGUGUAGCUAAUUCUAUUAUAUUUGUUAAUGUAAAUCAAUUAAAAUUACUUCAUGUCAUCUUCCAAAGUUAAAAUGAAAUAAACUAAUGUACA